CCAAAAGCAUCCUCUGAUUAAUACCGGUCGGUAUCUCACAUCCAUUCAUACUCCAAGCCAAAGCACCUCCUAUCACUCGAAGAACCCCUAAACCAUGACUGCUACCUCAGGCUCACCUUUCGAUAUGACCUCUACCCACACCUCUCACACCACCAAAGACACCGCUACACCAGGGGCGUAUCCUGAAACCCCUGUGGGUCGUCGAGGGAGUGAUGGAAGCGACGUUGUCGACUCCGUGCCCUUGUCGAAGAGGGAUCGCAGAAUGAGUAAGGAAUGGGACGCCUCCAAGACCCCCCCUUCAAGAUUCCAGAAAGUCGAGGGCUCGAUUUACGCCACGCCCAAUUCCCGCGAUGGGCAUAUCGCCCGCAAUAAGAUUCACGGAUUUAAGGAGAAAGUCAGAGAACUUACUGGCAAGAAAUGAAUUUACGAGAGCCGGUGAAUUAAGAUAUUGUGCGAGAUUCGUUCUGGACUAUCGGUUCCGGCGGUGUUUUCUCCCUUAUUGAACGUUUGGUGUCAGCGCUUUUUUCCCAUCUUAUUCUUGCUCCGUUCCACUUGUUUUCAAUUUGGUACCGGUACCGGUAUUGGUAUCAUAGUAGUCGAGGGAACAAACUCGGAAGGGGAGCAGCAAACAGCCCUACCCCCCGUUUGUUGCCUCCUCCCUUUUGUUAUUUUGUUUUUUUCUCUCUUAUUUCUCCUGCUCUGUUUCACUUUCAAGUGUGUUCGACUGGGUGUGGGUGUGUGGUGUUUGUGCAAUAUCCUUUUUCGCUUUCCCUCCACUUCGACCAUGUGUUUCUUACUACCUUAACUUAAACUCUUUUUUUUUUUUUUAUUCAUUAAAGUCAGAGUCACGUAUCUGUAUGAUAAUCCAGUGACGGGUUUAGGGGACGGAGUAUCGGUUCCACAACGUAUAGUGAUCCGUUUAUUUAGUCUAGUCAGGUUCGAAUAAGAUUUCUGAGUCAACCCUG